GCUCGGCCCGUCCCUGUCUGCCCGCCCGCUGCUGCCGCUCGGCCCGUCCCCGCCGUGCCCACCUGCCUGUUCGCUGUCGCCGCCGCCUCCGGGCCGCGGGGGUGGGGGAGGAUGGAGUCAGUGUUCGUCACGGUGGGCACCACGAGUUUCGACGAGCUGGUGGAGGAGAUCUCCUCCGAGAGGGCCGUGAGGAUUCUUAAAGACCUGGGCUACAGGAAGCUUGUUCUUCAGAUUGGCCGUGGAUUUGUUGAGCCAAAGCCUUCAGUUGGAACAGACUUUACUGUUGAGGUUUAUAGGUUCAAGGACAGCAUAGCAGAUGACAUUCGGAACGCUACUCUUGUUAUUAGUCAUGCUGGUGCUGGAAGUUGUCUUGAAAUCCUUGAAGCAGGGAAGCCUCUCAUAGUUGUUAUUAAUGAGAAGUUGAUGAACAAUCACCAGCUGGAACUGGCCAAACAGCUACACCGUGAUGGACAUCUCCUGUACUGUACUUGCAGUACACUUCGUAAAACAUUACAAAAAUCAGACUUCACAUCUUUGAAACCAUUUCCUUCGGGGCACCCUGAAAAAUUUGCAGCGCUUAUGGAUAAUGUUUUUGGAUUCCAACGACUGAAAUAUAAACCUAAUCAUUUUAUAUUUGACCUGCUUAAUUUGUACCUUGUGAUGGUUAUUAAUGAAAAGAAUGGUCCUGCCCCAUGGCGGGGUGAAACAAUGCAGCAGGGGGUCAGGAAAUAUUUUGGGCAGAAGUGUCUGAGUGAAGUGACCAUGGACGAGUAUUUGAGCAGCCAGGGACUCUACCGCAAACUCACCGCCAAGGAUGGCUCCUGUCUCUUCAGGGCGGUCUCCGAACAGUUGUUUCUGACACAAAUCCAUCACUUGGAGAUCAGAAAAACCUGUGUUACCUACAUGACGGUGAACCACUGCAAAUUUGAGACGUUUAUUGAUGGUUCUUAUGAAAAGCGCAUGGAGCGUUUGGCUGACCCCAAGGAAUGGGCCGGUGUCCUGGAGAUGAAUGCUCUCUCUCUGAUGUACAAUUGUGAUUUUCUCAUUUAUCGGUACCCUGGAAAACCUCCCACGCAAGGCACCAAUAAUGGGUUUGAGAAGAAGAUCUUGCUAUGCUGCUCCAACAAUGGUCACUAUGACAGUGUCUUCACCAAGCAGUUUCAGGGCCUUGCAGCUGUGUGUCAAGCGGUGGUGUAUGAGAUGCUGUACAGAGACGUGUUUGAGGUGAACGAGGAGGAGCUGCGAGCCGCAGUGGAACUGUUCCGUAGUCACGGCAAGAGGACCAGGCGAGGAAGUGCGUCUCAGGCCAACGACGAAGCUGAACCUCUUGCUGAAAAGGCGGUGCGCAAAUAUGACAAAGAAAACAGUGACCAAGAAAGUUUGCCAGAGGAGAAAUCAGCUCGGCAUGCAGCAGAAGAAAUGAAGACGCUGGAAGGCCCGGCUAAGAUGCCAUUUCCCUUUAAAGUAUUGAAGGCACUGGAUUCGGAAAUUUAUCGCAAUGUGGAAUUUGAUGUUUGGCUUGACAUCCGAAAAGAACAGCAGAAGGUGGACUACAUGGUGGUUUCUGGAAGACAGUACUGUUUGGGGGAUAAAUGUCAGGUGAAACUGGAGCAAGGAGGGAAAUACUAUAACGCUCACAUACAAGAAGCAGGACAGGAUGGCAACUCUGUGACCGUCUUCAUAGAAGAAUUAGCGGAGAAGCACACUGUUCCUUUGACAAACCUGAAGCCCGUGACUCAAGUCACACCAGUUCCUGCCUGGAAUAUGGUUUCAAACAGAAAAGGUGGCAGCUAUCCGAAGAUACCCAGUGGCUACAUCUCGGAGUUGGGUUAGUAAUGAACCUUUAUCGUUGUAGAUCUCGAUCCAAAGUCACGCAGGCGGUUUCUGAAGAAGAUGCGUGGGAAACAGGUUUUUAUGGCAUUUGCCUGUGGCAGAGGACAACCCGUUCUACCUCCACGCCUGCAAAACAACCUUCCCUCUGGACGAUCCGCGCCCAUCCCAUCGCCUCAAAAUGGCCACUUUGUUCCCUAUGACCAGUACAGGGUCCCUCCGCCCCCUCUCCACAAUGGACGCAACACCUACGCUCCAUCCAGGUCGGCAAACUAUCGGAGUCAUGCGAAUCGAUACAUGAGUCAUCAUGGCUUUGAUCCUGAUUAUAUCUAUAGCUUUCCUGGCCAGGGGAAGAGAUGCUGUCAGCAUUAUGAUCACUUCACCUACAGAUCACGCUCCUACAGCAGAAGUCGCCGACCCUUUCAGUACGUUAACAAGGAUUGCCAGUACGGCUACAUACCAGAGGACGAGGAGUCUAGAGCAAUUGAAGAACCUGGCGCUUUCUACGAAAUUGAGGAAGGAAAUGAGGCUGCUUAUCCUGCUGUGCAUAGCCAGUCAGCUUCCUCUCCAGUUGUGACUGCUCCGGGUGGCUACUGGGUAACGAGAAGCGGAAAGUUGAUCAACUCUUCCUCUGAAGAUGCUGAUGAGCCCGGUGAUGGAGAUUCUGGAUACUCUGAUCCAACAAUAUACAGUGCAGCCGAGGCAACAGCUAAUCUGACUAUUCAGGAGGGAUGCUGUGACAUGGAGGCGCCUCAGGACUGCCAAGUCGGCAUGCACUGCAGCUACUCACAGCAGAUGUUGGCGAAUUCUGCAGUGAUCUCUGCGUCCACUUGUGUGAGCGCCGCCUCUGUGUGUUUCUCCUCUAACUCUGGGGAAGCGAGUCAGCCUGCGGUCACCUACACGACCAUGCCACAGCACGCCGUGCCACCGCCUCUACUGAUGCCGUCCCAUGCUGCCGGGAUGCCAGGUCCUCUUCCUGAAAUGGGUGAAGCGAUGACUUCUCCCGCUCCCCCGCCAUAUUCCUGUGAUCCCAACGGCAAUGACCUACCUCAAGAUAGGAAGGUGGUUCAGUAUUACUUCAACCUUGGCUUGCAGUGCUGCCACCAGAGUUACUGGCCGCCUGUGGUGUACAUGCCGCCGCAUCAGCCGCUGGAUGUCCAUCCAGUGUUCCCGGCAACCGCUCAGUUUGUUGAGCACUCGCCAGUGCCGCCACCUUACGGUGAUGGUGGCAGAAACGAUGACCAUUCCAGUUCCUCUGACACCUCUUACAACGGCAAGUUGCGUCUUGACCUGAUGGGGAAAUGCGGAAAUGGGUUGCUGUGUUUGUUUUCUGUACUAAUGGACUGCCUUUAUUUUGCAGGUUACACUGCUGCAGAGGCUCAACCAGUUCCACAGUCGACAGUAUAUUAUCCAGUGCUGACGGACCAGUACGUUCCACCGCCUCUUUCUACCUACGAUCCUUGCAUCCCUGUGACAACCACGCUUCACCAUGUUGGGCCUUGGUAUCCGGCAAGCCAGCUAUGUCCUAACUCCAGGCUUCAGACCACGACAUGCCCGACCCUCCCCCCUCCGCUCAAUUACGUUGCAUCUGCCAACCAGCCAACCCACUAUGCAUCUCACUAACUUAUGGAAGUGCCUUUCUGGUUCCGCAGACCCAACUUGACUUAAUUCCCUCCAUUCUUGGUGCACCCCAUCCUCUAGUUUGAAUAUUUUCACCAGUCACGAUAAAAAAUCUACCAUCUGACAUGUUUGGUGUUUUGGUAAAUGGGGAUUUUUCUCACCAAUUCUUUGUGCUUUUUUCCUCGGUCUGGCUGGUAAAAUUCCCCAAGUAUAUUUGCAGACCAAAAAAAAUGUGCACAGCUAAUAAGUAAAUGUUUCUCCUUCAAUAACACCUUCCCUGCCCCCUCUUCAAUCCUGAUCUUCAAGCGACAAGUGUUCAUGCUUUUUCUGUCACUGCACAAUGUCAACAGAAGUUCAACUUGCCAAUUUGAAGAUUGACGGUGAAUCUGGAUUCUGUCGAAGAACUCUUGCACCACGUAUUGCCUUCCGCAGGGAUAUUGUCCCUACUUGACAUUGUUUAAAUGAACAUGCUUUCAGUAUCACUUCUACCUCAUCUUUGGUGUGUGCCUUGUCUUCAAGGCCUGUGUGUAUGUUGUCGUCCAGAGUCCAGCUCGGCUGAAAACGUUGACUUUCUCUUGGUUUGUUGGGCGACUGAAGAA